AUGUCCAGUGGUUCAUUACCCAAAGAAAACUUACAAGCCCUGAUCACCACCCUCCCAAAACCAGUGAACCAAGAUCAGUCGGGUUUUGUCUCGGGCCGUCAGACCUCUGACAACACCAGAAGACUUUUAAACAUCUUCCAUUAUAUUGAGGUGGACAGCGCCCCUGCUUUGAUCCUCGCCUUAGAUGCCGAGAAGGCUUUUGAUAGGUUGCGCUGGUCGUAUGCUUUCUCGCUUUGGAGUGACGAGGUGGACAAGGCCGAACAUGAACUGCGCGUAGCACAAACAGAGUUUGAUCGCCAGGCGGAGGUGACCAGGCUGCUUUUGGAAGGGAUCAGCAGUACCCAUGUGAAUCAUCUCCGCUGCCUGCAUGAGUUUGCCGAGGCCCAGGCCACGUACUACGCUCAGUGUUACCAGUACAUGGUCGACCUGCAGAAACAGCUGGGCAGGUUCCCCGCCACGCUUGUUGUGAAUGCAGAUUCUACCCCUCCGCCUCUCAGUACCUCUCCACCACCCGCUACGCUUCCCGUGCUCCAGGCCGUCAGUCCCAAUCCAGGGGACGGGACGCUGAACGCUAUCGAUGUGAAGCCCCCUUCAAGCGGCACCAGGAAAGCUCGAGUUCUCUACGAUUACGAAGCUGCAGACAGCACCGAGCUGACACUCGCGGCGGACGAGCUAAUCACCGUGUACAGUCUCCCCGGUAUGGAUCCAGACUGGCUGGUGGGUGAGAGGGGAAACAAGAAGGGUAAAGUACCAGUUACUUACCUGGAGCUCCUUAGCUAGACCCGACUCCACCAGGACAGCAAACUUCUCAAACAAGCCAAUGUCUCCGGAGGGCUGAUUGUUUGCUAGAUGCUGCUGCUUCGUUUGGUUUUCUUCCUGUCUUACAGACUGAAGCUGCACACGUCACCCCUUAUUUCUCGCAAGUUGCCCUUUUUUUUUUUAUUGAAUGUUACCCUUACGUUGCAGGAUGGGUCUUUGGCGUUUUUGCCGGCCUCUCCUGCACCUAAGGCGUUGCGUUUCUCCUGU